GGAGCGAUGCAGACAGCUAGUGUACCAACUGGAUAUACUGCGAUCGGUUCGUCGGACGGCGAUCAAGAAUUCGUCGGAAGUUCUUCGUUGACGGCCGAUCAGUACUUGCGACCACAACGACCGCUCGGUGCAUCCGUCAGACGACCCUUCUCCUACUUACUUCCCACUAACGCACCAAAUGAUGCAACCUCCAUUGCAUCAAACAAUACCAGUCAUUCAACUGACGAUCUACUUCGUGAGCAGAAUUUGGCCAUAAGAUAUCGGUUUUUCAACCGUCUUGAUCCGGGUGGUGGCCGUUUGGUAAGUUGA